AUGCUGGUGAAGGCGGAGGGGCUCACGCCGCCAGGCGAGGACGAGCUGCUGCUGCUGGGCUUGGCCUCGCCCGCCCCCUCGCCCUCGCUGCCGUCUAGCGCCGAGGAGGAGGAAGAGGAGGAGGAGGAGGAGGAGCUGCGGGCAGCCUCACCGGCGAGGCCCGUCGAAGCGCGAGGGUUACGGCGAACGGAGGGAAAGCGACGGCCGGGGCGAUCCCGCGGUGCCCCGAGAACGGCUCGGACGGCGGAGACUGCUCAGCGAAUCAAACGGAGCCGGCGGCUGAAGGCCAACAACCGGGAGCGCAACCGAAUGCACAACCUGAAUGCGGCGCUGGACGCCCUCCGCGACGUGCUGCCCACCUUCCCCGAGGAUGCCAAGCUCACCAAGAUCGAGACGCUGCGCUUCGCCCACAACUACAUCUGGGCCCUCACCGAGACCUUGCGACUGGCCGGGGCGGCGAGGCUCGGCCCGGAGGCGGUGGUGGCGGCGGGGCCGGUAACAGGAGGGGGAGGUCCCGCCGAGGGCAGUCCCUCGCCCGCUUCCUCCUGGAGCGGCGGCUCCGCCAGCCCCGCACCCUCCGCCUCACCCUACGCCUGCACUUUAUCCCCCGCCAGCCCCGCCGGUUCCGCCUCGGAUGCUGAGCACUGGCCCGGCCGUUUCGCCCCGCUGCCGCCUCGCCGCUGCCUCUAG